AUGGCGUCUGCCAGCAAAUUACCCUUACUGGAAUACGCUGAAGAUGAUAGUCCUGAGUGUCAUCAUUCGUUACAAUACUGGGCCAGCAAAAAUGAAGAGAUUUGCAAUGUCUUAAACAAAGUUGUCGAUACAUCCAAGAAAUUAUAUGAUACUGGAGUCAAGCACAGCUCAUCGGCUAUGGAAUUUAGCAACGUUUUAAGUCAAUCCGUCAAAGUCUAUCCGGAAGAAGAUUUAUUUAACGAUCCAUUAAACAAAUUUGCAGAUGUUCUUCAACGGAUCGAAUGCUAUCGUGAUAUGCUACUAUCACAAACUGAAAUGCUGUGCUGUGAACCUGUUCGUAAUUUAUCAAAAGAGUUUCAUAAAAUUCUGGCCCAAAAAAAUGAAGUAACCAAAGCAAAAGAUGCGUAUCAUAUCAUUUGGGAUAAAUAUGCUCAGUGUCGUCACGUCAGCAAUUUACCUGAACCGUCAGUCUUGGAAAAGCUCUCUUGUGCAACGUAUUCUGCUCGUCAUGCAUACCAGACUGCCUUAUUACAAUAUAUCAAAAUGCUACGUGAAAUCCAUUCAUUUAAAAAGUUAAUGAAAGAUCUUGAGCCAUAUAUGAAUACCUUAUUUAAUGAAUUGCAAGACGUAAAUAAAGAUUUAGAGACUGCAAUGAAAGCAGAUUCCGUAAUAUAUGACCAAAUGGUUAAAAAUAUAUCGUCGUCGUCAAAUGAUAGUAAAUCAACUCGGCCUUCUACAUCAUCCGGAAUGCUAAGUGCUGCAAUAUCGAAAUCGGGACACAUUUUAGGAAGAAUUAACGAUCUAUUUUCUAGUAGUCCAGGUACUAGAGAUGUUAGAAAAACAAAGGAAAAAGCUCGAAGUACGAUUUCUAGCAAUUCCGCCAGAUCAGGGAAGCUAACCCGUAAUAAUAGUGAUGAAAGUUUGAUAGAUAACGUUUUCAACAGUGGAAGUUUAGCAGAUGAUAGUCCAUAUAUCUCAGCCGAAAUUUUUACUACUGAACAUUGGGAUGAUCGCGGAAAUGAGACAGGGCUUCAUAAUACCGAUGAUGAAAAUGUAAUUAGCGACGAUAAAAGCAGUAUUUCCUUAACUCAUCCUGCAUCUGAAAAAGAUGAGGUCUUCGAUGAAGAUGUUAGCCCUGGCCGCGAUAUUGUUACUUUUCACGCAGGUGUUGAUCAUGUUGAUAACACUUUAGCGCUAGUUGAUGGCAGUAAAAGUGCCACGAGCGAUAAUUCAGCUCGCAGCUCUGAAUCAAAGCAAAGCGUUUCAAGUAUUUUCAUAAGCAGCGAUGGAAUACUAAAAAAAGGAUAUCUACGCUUAAAACAUAAAUCUUUCGGCAGGAGUCGAUGGCCACUACUUUAUUUCAUAGUAGAUAGAAAAACUGGCCUUUUACUUGCACAUUUUUUGGAUAAAGAUAAACCAGCUGAAAUAGAAAACCUGUUACUGUGUACAGUGAAAACUUGUACGUUUCCUGAAGUUGAUCGUAACUUUUGCUUUAAGUUAAUUUCACCUAACAAGGAGUACGUAUUACAAGCUACCGACGAAGAUGACAUGAAUCACUGGAUAUUUGCUAUUUCGGAGUGUGUUGCCUCAGCUUUAAGAAUGUCACACGAAAAUUAUAUGACUGUAGAAGGUAUUACUAGCCCUGAUGCAUCAGACGAAGAAUCCUCGAAAACUCAGACAGUGCAGAACGUUGUUGCCAGACUAAAGGCAGUUACUGGUAACAACGUUUGUGCAGAUUGUGGUACAAAACGUGUGGAUUGGGCGAGCAUUAACCUUGGUAUUGUAUUAUGUAUUGAAUGUUCCGGAGUACAUAGAAGCUUAGGGGUACAUAUUUCAAAAGUAAGAUCUGUCACUCUCGACAGAUGGGAUUCACGGACAGUUGAGUUUAUGGAGAGUCGAGGAAACAGUUUAGUAAAUUCCGUUUAUGAGGCAAAGUUGAAAGAAUCUGACACCAGUAAAAUAAACUAUCACUGUACAGAUCAAGAAAGGCAUGACUUUAUUAAAAUGAAAUACGUGGAGAAGAAGUUUUAUGAUGAUGAUUUAGCAGCGGCAAAAUUAAGUUAA